GCCCCGGGAGGCGGGCGGGAGCGGGCGGCCCCGCGCAGGCGCGGUGCGGCGGCGGCGGCCAUGUCGGUGCAGGAGGACCCGGUGCAGCGAGAGAUCCACCAGGACUGGGCCAACCGCGAGUACAUCGAGGUGAUCACCAGCUCCAUCAAGAAGAUCGCGGAUUUCCUCAACUCCUUCGACAUGUCGUGCCGGUCCCGGCUGGCCACCCUGAACGAGAAGCUGACGGCGUUGGAGCGCAGGAUCGAGUACAUCGAGGCCCGGGUCACCAAGGGCGAGACGCUGACAUAGGCCCGGGCCGCCCCGCCGGAGCCCCGCACCGCCCCGCCCCGGGCCCGCCGCCGCCGCCUCUGCUUGUGUUGCCAAUAAACCGCUGUGCUCCUGCCCUGCCUGCUCUCUGCCUGCCUGCGGCCGGGCCGCGGGAUGCCCGGCUCCCUGCCACCGUCCUGGAUGUCCAGAGCCUGCCCUUCAUCCCGCCUGGCUCACGGGGCUCGCACCCGGGGGCUGUGACGGGAGGGGACGCACACCCGGGGCUGCUGGCGGCUCUGGGAGGCACCUGACCCCCCGACUCCAGCUGGGAGUCGCAGCAGCAGAUCUGGUGAUGCUGCUGGUUUGGAGGGUGUCUCAGCCUGCACACCUGGUCAGGGCUGGUGGGGACAGCAGGCUCACGUGCACACGCCACAGGAGAGUGCCCUUUGCUGGCACCUCGGGACAGGUGCUCAUUCUCGGAGGCAACUGGCAAGGAAAAGGAAGUAUCUCUUCCCUUCCCACCACUCUGUUCAUCUCUAGUUUCUCAAUGGGCAUCUAGAGCUGCAAACUCGCUGCUCAUGUUUGUUUGGGUCCACGCAGUUGGUGUGAGUAAAGAUCUUUUUGCUUCCCAGCAGA